AUGUUUGAAAACGUGUACUCUAUCUCCCAAAAAAUCGAUGAAACUAUUACCAGACGACUUGGCUGCUUACUUACAGGACACUCCAUAGAAGAAAAUUUCCCCGAACUUCAACGAAUUCUACCACAGCCUAUAAUCCCAAGCUUAUCUGACAAUCCAAAGCACAGCAGGCUUUCCUCUCUCCAAUACGACCACCAGCUUCUUCAAGAAUGAAAAGAAAUGGCCUCUUUGCUUCACCUUGUAAACCAAGACCGAAUUCGGCUACGAGACCUCAAUUUUGAGCUUCUCACCUUAAUUCACAAAGGCAGCAUUUCUUCUACAGAUUUCGGUGCCUUUCUUGCCAAAACUCAACAAAUUAAUUAUGAAAUUCUCAAGAAAUCUCUUGAAAAAGAACGAGAAAAAAACGAAAAACUUCUAAAAAAAUUAGAAGAAAAAUCCUUAAAAAAAGAAAAUUCCACACAAACUGAGGAAAAGAAGGAAAAUGUAACAGGAAUAAAUUUGCAAAAAAUUGAUAUGCUGGGACUUUCGUUCCAUGAUGCGCUGACGCCUAUGAGUUGUAGGGGACAUUCAAGGAUGGGGUCAGAUAUUUCGAUGUGCUCAUGACAAAGUACAGAUAGUUUGGAAAAUUCGACGCUUAAUACGAGUACUUUCUCAACGAGGGCGUCUACGGUUGAGUUGAGCAGUAAACUGCCGAGAAAUGCAAAUAAAGGGGCGAAAAGGUCGUCGUGCAUACAAAUUGGAAGCAAAAUAGGGAAACCAAAAAAUUAA